UAGUCCAUAACUCCAUAGUUCCAUACUCCAUAAGUGAUAAGUCCAUAGUUCCAAACUUGAACUUUUUACUUCUUAGUUCUUACUUCUUACCAUCUUCUAACUGCAUUUAACUUUUUAUUUCAAAAUAGUUAAUAUAAAAUGAGUUUAAAAUUGUACUAUGAUUUUAUGUCACCACCCUGUAGGGUUUUGUAUGUUUUGUUAAAAACAUCAAAGUGUAAUUUUGAACCAAAGUUGUUAGACAUGGGAAAAGGACAGCAAUUAAAGCCUGAGUAUGAAGCCAUAAACCGGUUCAAAAAGAUUCCUGCUAUUGAUCACAAUGGCUUUAUUUUAAUGGAAAGUGUUGCCAUAACAAAAUAUCUUGCUAGAGAGAACAUGAUAUCCAAAACUUUAUAUCCAGAAGACAGCAAAGGACAAGCAAGAGUGGAUGAAUAUUUAGAAUGGCAACAUGUUGGUUUAAAAUUACCUGGUAACCUGUUCUUCAUGACUUCGUUUAUAAACCCACUUAUGACCGGGAAAACUCCAGACCCCAAGCAAGUAGACAGCUAUAAACAGAAAAUGAUAAAUGCCCUAGAAGAGUUUGAUAAACUAUGGCUUGGAUGCAAUAAGUUUGUGACAGGUGACACUAUUAAUGUGGCUGACCUCUUUGCUGCAGUGGACCUAGAGCAACUAAAACUACCUGAUUUCGAUCCGACGGCGGACUUUCCGAACAUUGCAAAAUGGUGGCCUAAAGUUCGGGAACAUUUUAAUCCGUGUUAUGACGAAGCACAUGUUAUUUUAAAUAAAGUAAUUAAGUUAAAUGCUUCUAAGUUGAAUAAAAAUAUAAAAUGACCUGUUAAAUGAGAUAGAUUGAUUAUAUUUCAAGAUAAUCUAAUAUAUUUUUUUAAAUGUUAUAUAUUUUAUUAAAGUUUUUGGGAUUUAA